CAUCUUCAUCCAUGGCGUCCUUCUCCUCUCCACCACCAUCAUCCACGCCAUGAACAUCCUCUCCCUCUCUCUAUGGACUCUCUCUACUGCCCUGAACCCCCCAUCCUCUUCUCCUCCCCUCUUCGCUUCACCCCUCACCCUGAUGACUUCCAUCCCCAUCUCUCCCACCUCCUCUCCUCCGAAUCCCACCCUUCCGACCACUUCUCCGGUGUUGACGCCCAUUACUCCCCCGCUUCCCGUUCCCAGAUCGUCUUAUGGCUCGCCAGAGCCACUGCACGGAUCGGCUUCUCCCCGACGACUCUUUCUCUCGCUGUCAACUACCUCGAUCGCUGCUUCCUCCCUGGAGCUGGCCCUGGCCUUCAUCUCCAGCCUGAUAAGCCAUGGAUGUCACGCCUCUCCGCCAUUGCUUGCCUUUCCCUCGCCGCCAAGGUCGAAGAACAACACGUCCCUCUCCUCCUCGAUCUCCAAUCCCUUGCCGCCGCCGCCGGCGCCGAAGACGACGACGGCGGCGGCCAUGGAUCUUAUUUCUUCGAGCCCAAGACCGUCCGCCGCAUGGAGCUCCUCAUCCUCUCCUCUCUCGGCUGGCGCAUGAACCCCGUCACUCCUCUCAGCUUCAUCGACCUCCUCCUCCCAAACUUCAACCUUUCCUGCGCCUCCUCCCUCCUCUCCGCCAUCUCCGACUGGCGAUGGGUCCAGCAUCCUCCCUCCGCCUGGGCCUCCGCCGCCAUUCUCCACUCCAUUGGCGACGACCAAGACCCACAAAUCCAGAGCUCACUCUCAUUGCUCAACGCCUCAAAGGAUCACAUUGAAGAGUGUUUACACGUAAUCCAAGAAGCCACAAAGCACACCCACAAACACAUUGCAUUGAAUCACCAUUUCUCAUACUCUCCGUCAUGCCCGGCCAGCCCGAACGCCGUCAUCGGCUCAUGUUUCAGCUGCGAGAGCUCAUCGGUCCCUUCAUCCCCCGACCGGCCUUCGAAAAGGCCUCGACAAAGCUCAGAGUAAUAAGAAUGCAACACAAGAAGCAACACUGAACUAGUUUGAUCAGACUUGGUAGUCUACUCAAUUAGUCUUAGUAGUAUUAGUAUCACUAGUAGUAAUAUUAAUAGUAGUAGUGGUAGUAGUAGUAGUAGUAGUGAAACUAGUUUGGUGUUGUUUGGAGUGUGUUGUGUUUAAUGUUUGGUGGGAAUGAGGAAGAGUUAGCUCUGUGUUUAUUUGGAAUGAUGGAAAUGGUUGUAGUGUUGAUGUUGAAGAGAAGGAGAUUGCUUGCCAUCUUUGUUCUGUUUGCUUGAGAGAUUUGGAGUGUUGGGGAGGUUGAUAGAGCUCUUUCUUUUGGAGCAAUUUUGCUUUUUUUUAUUUGAGGAAGAGAGAAAGAGCAGAGAUGGCUGGCAUUUUCUUCAGUGAAAAACAAAGAUAACACCUUUGUCUUAUUUCUCUUCUCUGUAUUUAUCUAUC